AUGGUACCGGAACCGAAGCAUCAGGGACCGGACGGGGUCAGCGAGAGUGAUCUCGUGGCCUCCGUCGCACCGAAGGCUGAUCCAGCCGCCCGUUCUGAAGGUGACGGGAGGGAUACAACUGAUGAGCAGCAGCAGCGUGAACCACCAACCGAUGCCGACUGUGCUUGCAAUAGCGAUGGUAACACGAACAAAUUGCAUGAUCCUUCAUCAGGCGACGGUGUGUCGACGAUCCCGGGAAGCACCAAAGCCACGGUGCACAUUAAUGGUGUCGCUGUCGACCACUUUCAUCAGAACUCGGACAUCGACGAGGAACGUCGCUCGUUGUGUCAGAACAGUGACAUUCACGGUUUCAUCUCGUACUCGUCCGACAGCAGCAUGAUCGAGUUGAACCUCAAGUUUCGAAAGUGCGCCUGCAACGAGAACAUUAUCAACAUCUCGAAGGAAAAUUUGCAACAGAUGCAACGUACCAGCCCGCCGGGAACGGCGACGUCGGGUGACACCGGUGACGGUCGGUCGAUGCCGCUCAGUACCGGUGGUGUGUUCAAGAAAGAAGGUAAAAGCAAAAAACUACUAGCAUUAAACAAGGACAACUUGAAUAGCUUAGUGCGCAAACUGAACGACACUUCGAAUAGUUCAUCCUCAUCGUGUACAAAGUGUAGAUUAUCAUUAGAUGUCAAUCAUAUUUUAAAGCAAAUCGUUAGUAUUAAGUCCAAAAGCGGUGGCGGUGAAGAUGCCGUAGACGCCGUUGUUGACGGCAAGCAUUGUGAGGGUUCUUCCCGUUCGCCUCGGGAUGAUUCUUGUUCGCGGCACUCGGCACUACCUCUCAUCAUCGAUGACGACUCAAUGAUAGGUUUGCGUGCCGAUGAUUCACUAAUUGGCAGCUCAGCUUCCCCACUGCCUUCGCCCAACUCGCCGAUACCAGUCCUUGGGCUACCACCGCUCGAACGCCGCCACAGCGAAACGGUUGAGCGAAGAUCGAUCGGUGUGCAGCAUGCCGGUUCCAGGCUGCCGUAUCGCAAAAAGCCUCCCCUACUUCGUGCCCACGGUCGGGGCAUAGCGCAGGCAGAGGAAAUAAUUAUUAUUUCCGAUGAAUUUCGACGUCAAUCGCUUCGCGACCAGCAGUCGGUACGCGUACAAAAAAGUGGCAAAAAGAUUUCCAAAUCGAUGGAAAGCAUUGACAAGCGCAACCACCCGCCGGCAUUAUCGCUACGCCCGGUGGCAAUAAGAAGCUUCCAUCUACCGAACUCUGUGGACGGUGAGCUUGAUCAGGCCGAUGAGGUACUAACGAUUGUGGUCGACACCGCCGAUCGUGAUGCUGGGAACGGAAAGACCGUCAAAUCGAUAUCGAAAUCGGUCGAUAAUAUUUCGCUCGGUCCGGGGAACGAGGAGGUGGAAAUCUUUGCCCACCAAAAAACACCGGAGGGCCGGUCGCCCGGUGCCGGAGACGAUAGUGUCGAGUUGAUAUUCAUUUCGGAUGAGUUUGUCAAACGGAAGUCCAAGUCCAGCUCGGACGUGAUCAUCGUCGAAAAUGCAGGCCACCGGCGCGAAAGUAAGCGUAGAAAACCGGUCAAACAUCUAUCGGUAGGCGGCGGCGCAGAUGCGACUAACGUCGAGCGGAAAAAGCUUAGCGUCGCCAGGCGCCCGUCGAGCACGGAGGGUAGAAUCGUAAAAUCGGCCACCAUACCGGCGGUCGCUACGUCGUCACCUGCUGGAAAAGCAAAGGAUCCCCGCCGUAAAACUACUAUAUCUAGUUCGAAUAGUUUUCUCACGUACGAGGAACCGUUUUCGCCAGAAACUCUCGAAAAUAAAGAUAUAGGUCAGAUGUUUGCCGAUGCAUCGAAUGAGCAGGGAAUUCUCCGUGCCACAGAUCAGGGUGCCUGAAGACGAUCAAAGGUUGCACGGAAAAUGCAUGUCCAUUCGUUGCAUGUGUUAGUUUAUUUUACGGUUGCUCAACGCCUAAAGGGUAUGUGUUUAUUUUUAUAAUAGAAUAAUUUGCUGUAUUCGUGUGAAAUUGUAAUGUAUAUCGUAUUUGAUAAGCUUUCUAGUAAAUUUAAAUUCUUGAG